AACUUCCCUCCUUUCGUAUAUAGAACCUUGAGCCGGGAGUGCGCAGACGCGCACUUUUUGUUGGACCUUUGGUCCGGGAGUCCCUCCUCUGUUGGAUUUUUUGUCGAGUUCGCCGACAGUGUUUGACAGCCUGUGCAUUUCAGUCGGUGAUGUUGGCUUAGUUGGAACACGGAGCACUGAAGCAUUUCCUUGCCAUUUUUGUUUGUUUGUUUGUUUUUUUUAAGUUUCUUAUUUGCUAUACCGCGCAGUGUCUCUUAUCUUCAUUCACGCGCUUCCCUUUUCUUCAUUCAAAUUUAUUCAAAUUUUUUAUUUUGCGGGGGGAGUGGGCUGAGGUUUUUCUCUGAAAAAAAAAUAAUAAUAAUUCUGCCAAGUGCGGGCAAAUCGCGAAUCAUGUUCGAUAUUGAGCUUCGACUUCCCGUUAUUGGUUCUUCCUGUCGUUUCAACGAGCGGCCAAACAUCAGCGAUAGACAAAUGGCGAAAAAGUGACGUUUAAAAAAACAAAUCUGAAAAAAAAAAAAAUUGUUGGACAUUUGAGAAACGUAUCGAAUAGUGUCGCAUAAAACAUUCAUCGUUCAUUGUUUAAGUGUUUCUACAUUUAAAAAAAUAAAAUAAACAUUAAAUUAUACGCCGAAAAAAACCCCAAGUGUUUCCAUUCAAAUUUUGUUUAUUCCCGUCUAUUUUUACAAGAUUGCGGUUAACCGUUACAACAUAAACCCUCGCUAUCGGCGAAUUCAUACAAAACUGGCCGACCGCCUUGACGAAAAGUGGAGUGUUCCAGGAACGUCAUCGUCGUCUUUUCUACCUUACAUCAAAAUAGAUCAAAUGAUUAAAAUGUCUGGUAGCAACAGAUUUGUUUGGAACUUGUUCGCCUUGUUCCUGGUCAGCCUGAUAACGCCUCACAUUGCAGCUGUUACGGCUCCUGCCUCAAUAAAUAUGACCGCCAUAUCCACAGAAGCCAACGUAGAGGACAACAGGCCAGUAGUCGUAGCCGGUGGAUCAGGUCUUCUAGGGGCGUUGGCCGCUCCGUUGGCGUCCAGCGGUGUCGCUAUCGAGCUGGAAGAGCUCCUUCCAGAAAUAAUCGAAAACGGCACGGCCAGUCACAUGACCAUCUUACAGGGCGAGACCGCCCUCUUACCUUGCAAGGCCUACAGUCUCGGCCAGCGAACGGUCUCGUGGAUUCGACGGAGAGAUUGGCACAUCAUGUCGUCUGGUAGUCACGUCUACACGGCCGAUAGUCGAUUCAGCGUUCUUAACCGGCCCGGUUCACCUGACUGGAUUCUCAUGCUCAAAUCGCCACAGCUCUACGAUUCCGGCACUUAUGAAUGUCAGAUUGCAGGUGGACAGGGACAAGUUUCGCACUUUAUCGAACUUUUAGUUUGGGCGCCUGUAGCGUCCGUAGUCGAGGGUGGCGAACACCACGUCGAAGCUGAGAGUAACAUCCAGCUGCACUGCAAACUUCACCCGGAAGCCAAGAACCUUCACAAUAAUAACAGCAAUGGGAACGACACAAACGCCAAUAGCGGCGUCGAAGAACAACAGAUCAAAUUUCCUCAGCUGACUUUACCCACGGUGGGAGGAGGCGGCCUACCGUUCGUUUGGUUCCAUAAUGGCCGGCCGUUGGUUCACGGCAGCAAAUCAUCCGCCGGGUUAGGACUGGUGUCUGUUUUCUUGGAAGGCGUAUCCGAAUCGGACGCUAGCAAAAGAGACUGGAUGGCGUGGACCAGCCGUCUGGUGAUCCAGCGUGCAGAUCCGGCUGAUUCCGGCAAUUAUACCUGCGUACCGUGGAGAGGCAAGGCCGCUUCUGUCAACGUCUUCGUCUCACAAGGUGAUCGACCAGCGGCGGUUCAAAGACAGUCGGCCCUGAAAUCUUCCAUUCCACUGAAUGUGCUCAUCUUUGGGCUAAAUUUUCUUCUUCUUCAGAUGCCUCUUCAAAACCGAUAACUGCGGUCUCUUUACGUUGUACCUUCUUUCCUUUUUUAUUUUAUGGUAUCACUCGAGUCCUUCUUUUUAUUGAUAAUCCCAUAACUUCAUCGUGCCCAUACGUGUACAAAUUCUUUGCUCGAUAAAAAAAUAAAUAAAUAAACACAAAUUAAGCUGACUA